CAAACGCAUUUUCAAAGCCUCAAAGUAAAGCACUAUCGUUUUACUGUAUCAGCCAACUUGCUUCCGCUGUGAGUUGAAGGUUCGGCUGCUAUCUGAAAACACAGCUCCCAUCAUGACGAAGAAGAUUUGCAUUAUUUGCACCAGCUGUGAUAAGAUCGGCGACCCGCCUGAGCCCACUGGCGCCUGGGCGGAGGAGAUCAUGGCCCCAUACCGUGUGUGGCAGAAGCACGGCUACUCCAUCACCAUCGCCUCCAUCAAGGGUGGUGAGGUGCCCAUGGAUGAGACCAGCCUGGCGCCGCCCUUCCUGAACAAGGAGGUGGAGGAGUUCCUGCUGGAUGACGAGGCGAUGAAGGGCCUGAUCGAGAGCACUCCCCUGGCUGACAUCAAGGCUGCUGACUUUGAUGCCUUUUUCCUGGCGGGCGGCCACGGCACCGUGGGCGACUUCCCCAACGAUGCCAACCUGAUUGCGCUGCUGGAGGCGGCGGCGGCGGCCGGCAAACUUAUUAGCGCUGUUUGCCACGGCGCUGAGGGCUUUGUUAAUGUCAAGGGGCCGGACGGCAAGCCGCUGGUGGCGGGCAAGUGUGUCACCUGCUUCACGGACAAGGAGGAGUACGCGGCGGCCAAAGAGAAGCUGGUUCCGUUCCUGCUGGAGUCCAGGCUGCGUGAGCAGGGCGCCCGCUUCGAGUCGGCCAAGGAGAACUGGGCGCCGCACGUGGUGGCAGACCACAAGUUGGUCACGGGCCAGAACCCGGCCAGUUCCGCCGCGGUGGCCAAGCUGGUCGCGGAGGUGCUUAGCAGCUGACAGGCACCUGCAGCGGCAGCCGGAGUGGGAGCUGCGGUGGCAGGUUUGGUAGCAGGAGCAGACACGACUGGAGGUGGCCUGGGCGGUGGUGGUGGAGGCUUCGCUGACCUCCUGUAUGCGCUUAACACCAGUAGGGCCGCGGAGGAGAUGGAGCGGGCGAGGCUGACCGCGGCAGUAGCAGCACGUGCUGCGGUGGCAGAGGAGGCUGUAGCAGCUGCACUGCCAAUGCAGCCUCAGCACGUGCAGCAUGAGCACGGUAUGUGGGCACCUGCCAUGGCCGUGGCUGUGCAAGGGGCCGGUGACCAGCAGCGGUGUGCAGAAGCAACGGCAGCAGCAGCGGCAGGGGCAGGCACGGCGACUUACAAGGACACAGACCCGAUGGACGUUUGCGGCGGCUCGCCGGGGCAUGCGGCGCAUGACGUGUCUGGCAUGGGGCGGUAAUCCUGCAGCAGCAGAGUGUGUGUGCUUGCGCUUGGAAGUUUGAUAUCUAGGGCUUGUGUGUGAUUGGCGUCGUAGAGUGCAUUGGUGGGUGCUCCAGGGGAGGUAAGGGAGCAAAGCGGCGGCUCGCUAGGCACAUUCGGAUCAGAGAAGAGCGCUCGCCGCUGCCGCUGCUGCGUACUACAGAACUUUACUGUACGGACGUUUUUCACGAAUUUAUGGGUCAGGCUAUAGAUGCAUCGACAGAUGAUGCGCAUCAUGGACGCCAUUUAUGCGUCUGUGAGCGCCGUUGCUCCUGGACGACGUGCGUUCCAGCGCAGCAGCAUGGCGUAUGGCGUGUGCUGACAUUUGGGGUAUUCAACAAAAUUCGUGUACUGCGUACAAUCACGGCGUACAAUUCGUACUGCGAUAUGUUGGUGGUAGCCUGGUAGGAGUUGUACUAAAUGCCUGACAAGCUGACGACGAGACGGCUGCUACAUGGGUUGGGCGCCACGAACCGGCCACUCAUACCCCGGCUCAUCCAGUGGCGGCACGCGGGUACCACUCCGGGGGUCAAGGGCGGGAUCGCAAGGUCUAUGCCCAGACUGUCGCCCCGACCAUGAAUUGACAUCCCAUUACACAUAAUAAGGUCCCUGGAUGGUGCUCGGGCAUAAUUUUGAGCGAGAGCUCAAGUUGAAAUGCUAUAUGUCGCGCUCGCCAGGACCCCGCCAACUUAGCCUGAAGCUAUUUUGAUUACAUCUAUACGAGAAUUAAUGUCGACGGCAAUAGAUUCAGGCCCCAAACAGCGCAUAUGCGAGAUAUGGGCUUCGGUCAAUUUCGCGACUUGAGCCCCGAUAAGCAUAAUUUGGACCUUUGCCGACCACUUCUGGCUGAUGAUGAUGUUGGUUAUGUACCUACAGAAAGGCGGUGUCUAAUCCGUGCGGUAGGAUUUGCCCCGGGGCAACGUCCAACGUGCGGGUUUGGCUGGGAAAACGCACCCCCCGGACGACAGCCCAGUUUUCACCACGGGCAAUAGCUCGUACAAGACAUCUAACUAGCCAGGCGGAUAGUGGGGGGUAGGUCGGGUCAGCAUCCUUGUACGAGUUAUUGCUCAUAGUGAAAA